UAUCAGAACAGAAGCCCAUUUUUUGACUCCUCUCUCUCUCUCUCUCUCUCUCUCUCUCAUCUUCAUUUUCCUCUUCAACUCAGAACAUCCUUCCAUCCUCUUCCACCGCUUUCCUCUCUCUCUCUCUCGCUGUGUCAAUCUGUGUAACCUCGCGGCGACAUUCAUCCUCUACAGUUCUGCUUAUAAGGAUCCUUUCCAUGGAUAAGUCAUUGAAAUGACCGCUCUGCCGGAUUGUUCCGCCGCCGGCUUCCGUCACCGGUUCCGGGGUUGCUGCCUGUGAAGUAUGAACUCUGUGUAUUUUCCGGGGCUUGCUGGCACGGAUGCUCGAAGAUGUGUGUGAUCCUUGUUUCGUCUAUCGUGUAGCUUUGGGUUCAAGUGUUGGAGAUUGCGAUGGGAAAUCAGUUUGAAAUAUGGAUGCCCGUGGUAGAUACAUGACCAUAGUUAGUUCCUUAGAUAUGGAAGUUAGUAAUGUAGCUUCUACAUCGAUUGUGUGCUGAAGUGUGUGCACAUUUUGUCAGUGGGUGAAAGGGGCGGAUUGGAGAUUUUUAUAUCUGCAUGGACCGGUUCAUCGUUUGGUGGGGAGUUUUUGAAUUUGAGAUGGGAAGGAAUAUUUGGUUAAUGUGGGAUAGGUGAUUCAGUUUGAAGGUAAUGGAAAGAAAGAAUUAGUUUAAAUUCUAAAACACGAGGCAAACAUUAUUUGCUGCCAUUUGAUUAUGGGCUUGCCUCAAGUUUGUUCCAGUGAAUCUGCUGAGGAAGUCUUAGCAGCGUCACUGACUGCGUUUGGUCAAGGCUCGGUGCAGUUUUCUGGUUUCAGGACUUGCACUCAUGAUGGAAUCCGUGUAGGAGGUGUAAGUACAACAGAUGAUGGAUUAGGAGAUUGUGAAAGGGGAAAUGACAUGGAAAUCUCAAAAUUUCCGAAUGUUCCAACUAGGGCUAAGGUUGGUUGGAGUAAUCCUAGAGGUGGAAAGAAUGUUCAGUGUCCAGCUUCAAGAAUAGUGGGUUUUGAGUCUGGAGUAGUGAUCCAGGGACUUCAAGUUAAUCCAGCUGAUACUGUCAAUUUACCAUCUGAAGCUGAUGGGAAAGUGAACGAGCUUGACUCCAGUGGUUCAUCUGUCAGGAAGCGAUUAUUAUCACCACUAAGUCGUGCAUUUCUUUCAGAAAAAUUUAGAGACGAUUCUCUAGACAUUGGCCGUAACUGUUCUCAAACAAAGAGCCUAGCUUUGACUGAUAACAAGUAUACUGCUGCUGUUCCCCAAGAUAAUAAGAAAGUCAAUAUCGGUGCUGUGAAUCAUUUUACUGUCCCGGACAUGGUUCUGUCAAGACGCUUACAAAGUAAGAACUUGCCUUAUGGUAGUUCAACAUCCACAUUUUUCACCGACGGCCCUUUACUGGAAAUGAAAGAAAUGCAGCCUUGCAGUAGCAGUCUACCCUCGCCUUCACUUGAUAGCUCAUCAAGCUAUAUGAGAUCACGCAGUGGAGCGAUAUCCAUAUCGACUGAGAAGACUGUCUCGUCUCCUCUUUCUUUGUCGCCUCUUGGUCCCAAGUUUGCUGAAAGAUUUAGAGCAGUAGGAUGUAGGAAUCAGAAGAAUGAUUCUGAAGACUGCUGUUCAGCGUUGAUGAAUAUAGAGAAUCUGCUUAACAAAACUGGCAGAAAUGACAUGCUUGAUCAUGAAGAAGAAGAAGACAUGGCAGUGGCAUCCCAAUCAUUUGAAGAUGUUCAUCCUUUAAAUAGAGUUUUCCGCCCAUCUUCUUUGGAGAGUAUAUCAGGCAUCUCAUGGCCUUUCUGUCAAGAGUCUGCUCCUACAUCGAGAUGCACAAUUAGGAGCUUGAGUGGACUCUCUGUUAGGAGGUCCUUGGUUGGUUCUUUUGAGGAGUCUUUAUUAUCUGGGCGGUUUCUCUGUGGAAAACCACAUCAGAGAAUUGAUGGUUUUCUUGCUGUGUUAAGCAUUACUGGAGGGAAUUUCUCUCCACAAUCACGGAAGCUUCCAUUUUCCGUAAAUAGUGUGGAUGGAGAUUGCUUCUUGCUUUAUUUUUCUUCCAUAGAUCUUACUGGAUGCUCUUCGUCCAUCAAAUGCAGUGCCCAAAAACCAAAAAGAGGUCAUGGUUUUGAUGAGACACAGGCUAUGAAGAGCCGUCUGCGCAUUCCUAUGAAAGGGCGCAUUCAACUGGUUCUCAGCAAUCCAGAAAAGACUCCCGUGCAUACUUACCUUUGCAACUAUGACUUGAGUGACAUGCCACAGGGAACCAAGACAUUCUUGCGGCAAAAGGUUACCUUAGAAUCCUCAGUCUCCCCUUCUGCACAGUUGAAACCGCAGGAAGAUUUGAGAUCAAAUGUCGAAGACCCAAUGACAACACACUCAAGCCAUCCUGCAAAAACUGAAUCUCCGGACUUGAACUCUGGCAUGAGAUUGAAUGGAGCCAAAUGCCGGCCUGGAGAGGGCAAAUUUCCCUCUGUAAAUUAUCAGAAGGGGUCCACAUAUCAUGAAUUUGGAGAAAAGGGAGGAUGCUUCUGUGACGACAUUUGCCUUAAAACUGACAGAAAGCCAUCCUGUUUGAAGGCCAACGAGAACAUGACCGGUGCUGGGGCUCUUCGAUACGCUCUUCACCUCCGAUUUCUCUGCCCUUUCCCUAAAAAAGGUUCAAAAUCCCUUAACAGCAAAGAAGGGGACCGAAGAUUCUACCUUUACAAUGAUUUGAGAGCUGUGUUCCCUCAGCGACAUUCAGAUGCUGAUGAGGGCAAGUUGAAGGUGGAAUAUCAUUACCCUGAAGACCCGAAAUACUUCGACAUCGGCAACUGAUGGAAUGGGUCUAAACUAUUGUCCCUUCCAAAUGUUCUUGGAAGCUCUGUAAAUAAUUAUCUGUUUUUUUCAUUUUUUUUAGUUUGAUUACUGUUCAUGUGUUGCUUCCAGUGCACACAAGCCAGGACCAAUCUCCCUGUACAGAGUCCAAUUGUUAAUAAAUUUCAAUCGGUUAUAUCA